AUGGUUGAACAAUUGAAAUUUAUUGUUGAACAAUUAAAACGACCACCUUUCAAUCGAAAGGAUUACAAUAUUCUUACGUUUGAUAAUUUAACAAAUAAUCAAUUAUUACAGGUUUUAACUGAUGUCUUUGCUGUUGUUGAUCCAUAUGAUCCAUCGCAUAAAAUCGAUAUUCGUGAUGAAGAACCGGAUAAAACUGCUACUCGACAUAUGAAUACAUUAAAAAUGCUUGGUUAUCGUCCGAAGCUUGAAACGGAUGUCAAUACAUUUCGACAGAAUUUAGUCAGUGGUGAUAAAAGUGUUGUUUUUCCUAUUUUACAAUGGUUACUUGAAAAAAUACCUGAACAUAAAGAACGUGCUUAUCUAGGCAGGUAUUUAUCGAGAAUAGACGUGCCAAGUGAAUUUUUAAGUGAUCCAGAAAUUGCUGAACAACAUGAACGAUCUGAUGAAUUAAUGGAAGAAUUUAAAGAAGUACAUCGUGAAUAUAAAGAAUUAACAUCAACACCACAUACAAUCGAAGAUCUUCGACGUGAUAUAAAACAACUUGAAGAUGAAAAAGAAACAUUACAAAAAACGACUUGA